AAAUGGAUCGAUGUGACUUGUCAGCAGCCUCACACCUUCUUCCUUUUAUAAGCCACAUAUCAGCAUAGUCCAAUACGAAAACCUGCUAACCUUCUCAAAUGGCAGACACCAAAGAGAAGCUUCAGGACAAGGUAGCCAUUGUCACUGGCGGAGCAAGUGGAAUCGGUGAGGCCACGGCAUCUCUCUUCGCCGAUCAUGGUGCACGCAUAGUUAUCGCAGACAUCCAAGACGAAAAGGGUCGAAAUCUCGUCAAAUCAAUAGGUCCUCACCGUUGUGCAUUCAUCCACUGCGACGUGACCGACGAGCAGCAAGUCAAAUCCCUAAUUGAGACCACAAUCCAAACCUACGGACGCUUAGAUAUCAUGUUCUGCAACGCAGGCGUGCUGAGCCAAUUCAAUCAAGGCGUUCUGGACUUUGACGUGGCCGCCUGCACAAAACUCUUUGCAAUUAACGUGCAAGGCACGGCAGCGUGCAUGAAGCACGCGGCGCGUGCCAUGGUGGACGGGAAUAUAGGAGGGAGCAUCAUUUGCACUGCGAGUAUAGUGGCAACAAUUGGUACUGACAAGUCUACUGACUAUACUAUGUCCAAGCAUGCUGUGCUGGGGCUAGUGAGGUCUGCUAGUAUGCAACUUGGUGAGUAUGGUAUACGCGUAAACUGUGUGUCUCCAGGGCCGGUGGCGACUCCGAUGCUGUGCAAUUUGCUUGGGAAGGGCAUCGAAGAGACGGAGAAAAAUAUGGAGCCAAGGUUUUGCUUGAGAGGCUCGUUAAAAGUGAAGCAUGUAGCGGAUGCAGUGUUGUUUCUUGCUUGUGAGGAUUCUGAGUUUUUCACUGGACAGAAUUUGGUUGUAGAUGGUGGGUUUAAUUAAUGCUGGUUGACUCGUCAACAGAUAUGCUCCGAUCGGUUUCUCUUUUAGUUUUUGUAUUAUUCGGUGUGCUAGUAAAAUAAUAACGGGGUCGUUGGCACCAACUCUUAGCUCAAACAGGAGGUUGUGAGGUCAAGUUUUUUGGGCGUGAAUUGUGAUGAAUUCUCAGUUCUACUAGGUUGAGUUAACCACCUCAAUACAAGAUGAAAUAACUCGGAUAGUGAGAGAAUAAAUCUCGUUUUCAAUUGAUAAUGAUAAUGGUUGCCCAUAGGCUUACGUGAU